GCGCCAUCCGUCAUUCGAAACCAGCGGAACCUACAAACCUUCUGCACCGCGUACAUCCGCCGAACACUGAACGGCUGCCUUGCGAUGACCUAUAACACGCAGCAGGACUCGAUCCACAUUGCAGACCAAACCUGAUGCUGCUCCUCACUGACCGCCACUGCCUCCGCUCCGAUCCCUUUCCUCGGCUCGCCGUGCCCUACCACCAUCGUCCGCCCCGGUUCGUCCAGUGCAGCAGCCAUGGCUAGAGACUCGCGGGGCUCUCUGCACGAGACGCUCCACCAGAUGCAUGCCACGGCAUCGCACUCGGAUGCUCUAACCACGUUCGACGACUUAACCGCCCCACCUGCCUCUUCGUCCGCUGGAGAAGCCAAGGGCAUAGAGCUGGUCCAAGGCGGCUUGAGCGGCCUAUACAGCCGAAUAAAGGCCUCUGUCGGAGGCGUGAAAGAAGCUGGCGUGGAGCCCUCUGACGAUGGCCCUGGCGGGGGAGCGAAGAAUAAAGCAGCUUCGAAAACGGGCAACUCUAGCAAGAGUUCGGCGGGCACAGCCGUCUCGUCGCCCGUUGUGGUUUCUGUGCCAUCCUCGAGGUUGCAGUCGCCUCUCGUAGCAAGCUUCCCCGAUCAUCCUCCCCCGCCGUCGCGAGACUCGACCGUUUCAAGCUCUGCCAUGUCCACAAAGCCUUCGCUGAGCGGUUCCAAAUCCUCCGUCGCAACGACCCGCUCCAGACCGUCAAUAGCGCCCAGUCUCGAUCCUGCGAAAGCCCCCACAGACGACGACGCCUUUGCUCAGAGCCCGGUCAGCAUCGCUUCAACAGCCCAUCGCACCUCCGCUUCCGGGCAACCUUCGAAGAGCAACUCGUCGACUGGGUUGGCUUCUGCGCCCAACAGCAAAGACAUCAUGCGAUACGCUCAGGGCCGGGAAGGGCCUUUUCGACAGCAGAGGGGGGAUUUAGACUUGAUGGGCCAGGAGAGUGACACCACAGAGGAUGAUUUGGUCGUAGUCGAGGGCGGUGGGUUUGCGAAUGACAAUGCCAAAUUUGCCUUUUCACUGGAUUCUCCGAACGAUGCACUUACCAAGGUCAAUUCCCGAGCAGACAACCAAUACAAAUCCGCUUCGUCCUCGCUGAAGGGCGCAAGGGAUCGCUCCGACAACGGCUCCGAGUCGACCGAGGCUCCACGUCUCACCGUCAACGGACAAACGACCGUCCUCGCGCCCGCACCACAACGUCCCCCCUUGGUACAGGUUGGCCCGUCACAUUUACCCGGCUAUCCUUCAAGGGCGUCAUCCUCGGAUGGCUUGAGUUCCGUUGUUACGGCGACUACUGUACGGAAUUCCACUGUCGCACCUAUCGAGGAGAUCCAGCGUGCCGUCAAAUCUCCUAGCAACCUACCAAAUAACGCGUUCUCGCAAAUGCGGCGAAAGAUACUCGAUCGAGAGUUUUGGAUGAGGGACGAGAAUGCAAAGGACUGCUUCAAUUGCGGUGAUGCCUUCUCGACCUUCAGGCGGAAACACCACUGCCGCACAUGUGGGCAAAUCUUUGACGCGAAAUGUACAUCGUUGGUAUCUGGCAAGAUGUUCGGCCAGUCGGGGACCCUUCGCGUAUGCAAACCAUGCGAGGCCCUCAUCUACGGCAACGAUGACGACUCCUCGGUCUACAGUAGUGAUGAUGGUGACCAAGCGUCUAUCUACGAUCAAGAUGAAAAGGACCUAGAGGCGGGACAAUUCGAUCCUUCAGAAAGCGACCAUACUAAAAUCGGCACCCCGACUAUCAGCAUCCCCAUGUCAAGAAAGGCUGGCAGCGAAAAGAAGCGAAGGUCGGCCGUUAUCGAGGUUGCCCCUCCUACUCUGGCAAGACCAAGCUCGUCUCGGUCUCUACGGUCGCUAAGCGGAAGGCCGCGAUCGUCAAGCCACAAACGUCACCAUUCCCGGCAUCAGCACAUGCGGAAUGUUAGAUAUGAGGACCGAGCACCUUUCCAUCAGUACGAUACAGAAGGUCCCCGCAGUCGGUCCGCGCUCCCUGCAUUCCACCAUGAUAAUAUCAUCGACCCGGAUCUCGCACCUUUCAUGUCCGAUGAGGGUUCAAGCGAGGAGGAGCAAGCAAGUAUCUUUGCUACUCUUAGGGGAGAUUCACCGUCGCACACAAGCAUGGACAGUGAAAAGGGCGGGCUCGGGGGGCUGCUAGCGGCAAUGAGAAAGGGAAAGUCUAGAGGCGAGAGGAGUGUCAUCGGCGGAGGCCAUGCUCGAGACGCCGACAACGCAAGUAUUACGAGCCGCCACACCAACCGACAUCCUCGAAGAAGGAACCUCAGUGUGAGCAGUGUCGCUCAUCGACCUUCACCACGCCGCUCCAAGAGCAACAGCCUCUUAAGACCUUUCGGGGCUGGCUUUGGCGGAAGUGCUACGCAACCUACGUCACCCCAACCUCAGCCUUCUCCGACGCCUCCAUCGGGUUCGAAAAUCACUCGCAGUGCCUCUAUGCAAGGGGGAAACGCUCCGAACGUGGAAUUAAAUCAAGCAAGUCUCGAACACGUACGGAAGCUCCUAAAGCAGAUGCUGCAGGAUGCCGGCAUUGCGCACGUAUCUAGUUGGGAAAAGGCGUUGGUCCCGAUAUUUUUACAGUGUACCGAUGAUGUCAAUCCGGACCUGCAUAGAGGCGAUGACAUCGAUAUUCGGCAUUACAUCAAGCUGAAGAAGAUUCCCGGGGGGAAGCCGCGCGACACUUCGUACGUCUCUGGCGUGGUAUUUACGAAGAAUAUUGCGCUGAAGAGCAUGCCACGCACUAUACCUGACCCUAGGAUCAUCAUCAUCACUUUCGCAAUCGAGUAUGCGCGCCACCAAACGCAUUUCAUGAGUCUAGAGCCGGUCAUUGCGCAGGAGAGAGAAUACCUCCGCAAUCUAGUCGGCCGGAUAGCGGCCUUGCGGCCUCACGUCCUGCUUGUGCAGCGCAACGUUUCUGGCCUUGCCCUCGAGUUCCUUGAACAAGCCGGUAUCGCUGUCGUCUACAACGUCAAAGAAACCGUGUUGAACGCGGUAGCAAGGUGUACUCAGUCUCGACCAGUCACUUCGGUCGACCAACUCGCCGAUCCCUCUCGCCUAGGGCGAUGCGGCAGCUUCGAUGUUAAGACUUAUGUGCACAAGAAUGCGAAGCGCACUUACAUCUACCUCUCUGGAUGUCAACCUGACUUGGGAUGCACAAUAGUCCUGCGAGGUGCAGAGACAAACUACCUGGCGCGCUUAAAGCGCAUUACGGAAUUCAUGUGCUACGUGGUGUACAACCUCAAGUUGGAGACCUGUCUCAUGCGUGACGAGUUUGUCAUGAUCCCCGCUAUAUCCAGUAGCGGAACCUUGGCCUCCAACCAUCAGCAGAACGAGUGCAAGGAGUUAGGCACCAAACCACCAAUGGAACCCCUGACGACCUCAACAACUUCCGCUCCAGACACAGAGAACAGCACAGCAGCCGCCGGUGAACGUCCACAUAUUCGACAAGAUGCGCCGGCACCUUCUUACUAUAGUGAGAUGGUAGAGAGCCAUCGCACCAAGAUCCUCUCUGCUUCACCAUUCGUCAAAUUCAUGCAGCCGUAUCUGCUGAACCAGGCUCGCGAAUACGAGAAAAAGCUCGACUACUUGAAACUGUUACGGGAUCAGUAUAACACGAGCGAAGAAGAAGUUGAGGGACAACCCCAGAAGUUCGAUUUGGUUCAACCGGAAAUGGUGCAUGUCGUGGUCGAGAAGGCGUCCAAACAGGUCCGUGAGUUUUUGCAUGCGGUCCACGCAUCCGAAUAUGACAAAGCAUUGCACAACUACAAGACACAGAAGAGGCAAUGGGAAGCGUACCUGGCAACCAACAUGGAUUUGUUUGACCCCUUUAACCAUCAACGAAUUGCCGUCCUUUAUAGCGUCGUCAACACGGCAAAUUCCACGCCCUGUAUUGGACCCGAGAUCAUCGCUCUUAACUUCUACCAAGAGCACGACUUUGAUGAUGGCUUUACUCCUGAUUGCACCUUGGGCCAAUACGUUGAGGAUCUUUGUCAUUCGGCAAACAUGCUCUGCGAGGUUGACGGAUGCAAUCGGAGAAUGCUCGACCAUUCACGACAAUACGUUCACGGAAACGGGCAGAUGAGCGUCAUCGUGCAAAAGUGCCCUGCAAAGCUCAAAGGCCUACACAACACCAUCCUGAUGUGGAGCUGCUGUCGGAUCUGCGGCCAGGAGACCCAGGUCAUCCCCAUGUCAGACAAUACCUGGAAAUACUCGUUCGCGAAGUACCUGGAGUUGACCUUCUGGAGUAGCGAGCUUCAUCCACGAGCGGAUCUCUGCCCUCAUGAUAUCCAUAAGAAUCAUGUGCGAUACUUUGGGUCCAACAAUGUUGCUCUCCGCAUUCAGUAUGACCCAGUGCCACUCUACGAGGUCAUUGUGCCGCGACCAAUUGUGACGUGGAAAGUGGACAGCGAUCUCAAGCUGAAGAACGACCAAUUCCUGAAGAUUGAGGAACGACUAGACCGAUUUAUGGUAUCCGUACGUUCGAGGAUCAAGAGCAUUCAUGUCGAGAGUGUCAUCCCUGAGAAAGUCGAACCAUGUAGAGCUGAGGUAGAGAAGCUGAUGAGGCGGGCUAAUGAGGAGCAUGAAUGGCUAAGGCGGAAGCUUCAAGAGAAGUAUCUGAGCUCAAAGUACUACGAGAUUAUUCCCAUGAACAGAGCUAUCCGUGCUAUCCAGGAGAAGGCAAUUGCAUGGGACGAAACCUUCACCGAUUUCGAGCAUCAAUUCUUCCCGUCAGAGAAAGACAUAAGGCGCCUUGCCACUCUCCAGCUCAAGAAGCUUUUCCUGGAGCGUGACGAGUCGACUUCCUCGUUGACCUCGGUUGAAGAGGGAGCAGAGUCGGGCGUGGAAGAAUCUAUGCUCAACGAGAAAGGGGAGCCCAUUACGUUGGCACCUAUGCCUUCAGAUAUGUCGCCGGAACGUGCGCGGGACAUGUUGAAUUCCGUGGUGAAAGAAGAUCAGUCAAAUGGCAAUCACCCGGCCGAGACCCAACCAGAUACGCCAUCUGAAAAACCUCUAGUUGUUCCCGAGUCCACCCCCAAACCAGAACUGCCGAUACAGACACCUAUCGAGGCAUUGGAAAGGGAGGACGUCCGCCAUUUAGAUCUUGCUGUCUCUUCCAGUUUCCCGGAUAAUCCUACUAUCAAAGAGGAACAGCUUCUGAAGACACCCACCCUUUCUGCAGAGUCGACCUUGCCCGAACCGGGAUCCCCUACGCCCAUCGCCCACCCCAAGGUUAACCCUAUCGACAAGAGUAUUGUUGACGCCAUCGAAAAUAUGCCAUCCUCGCCGACACCCGCACCUUCAUCUGGCGGCAUACUGGAAAGCAAGAUUCCGCGUCUCGUUGAUACCAUCCGGCGUGAAGCGGGGGCCCCAGUGAGGCCAGGUGGACUGAUACGAACACAGUCGCAGCCCGGAGGUAUUCCGAAGCACCCAAGCCCUUCUCCCGUUGCCUUGACUAAUGCCGGGCCCGAAUCACCCAAGCUUGUUAUGGGCGAGUCUGCAAAGGCAAUUGAACGGAUGUCCGAGCGACUAGGGCUGGGUGCAUUCAAGCAAACAAAGUCGACCUCCAAGAUUCCUCGCUCCGUCCCGUUCCGGACACAGAGGGAGGCUUCCAAAGUCUCAAAACUGGCAGAACACUUCGAACAACUUUCGCGAGAAUUCCAGAAAGAGCGUAUGCGUGAGCGGCGGAACGAACGGAAUCGACGGGCGCGUGCUUAUCCGUUAGCGUCGUCAAAACCUAUUGUUGAGGUGUACAAGGAUGUGCACGAAGCUGUGCAGGAGCAUAAUCCAUCUGAUGAGGAUCUUCAGCCAGGUUCAUCUACACGCAUCAGCACGGACAACAGUACGCUUGGCGAUAGCGCUUUUACGGAGACAACUGGGGCGACCACAGCCUCUGACUCCCCAGUAGAAGAGCGCCAUCAGAAAGAUGCGACUCGUCCGAAUGAGAGCGAGGAUCAGCCUACCACGCCGAGCCACCCUACCUCAGACAUCGAGAAUGAAGCAAGCGAUGCUGAGGUUGCGCCAGAGGAUUUGCCCCUACCGGACAGCAUUGCCAGCUCCCAGCUCCUUUCCAUGACCGAGUCGCAGCUGGAAAGCUCUCUAGAGCUGCCGAAGCAUGAGAAAAACACUCUGGUGAAGAUGCUGACAAGCUUCUGGUCUGAACGCUCUGCCAGCGGAUGGGUACCACUCGAUUAUCCCUUCGCCCAGAUUGAGCAUGUCUGGGAGGAUUCGGACAUCAUUGUUCGAGAAGACGAGCCAAGCUCCAUCAUCGCCCUCGCACUCUCAAGCCCGGACUACCUGGUUAAGCUACAAUCUUUCCGUGCAGACCCCACCUUCUCUGAGAAAAGCGUCGGCGGCCUAGAAGGCUCAGAGGCUUCAAUCGAGCGUAACCUGCUGCACGAAAAGAACACAAACAUCCGGUACGGCUUCACCAACCGCGGCGUCAAAGCGCAAUGCAAAAUCUUCUACGCGCAGUCCUUCGACGCGCUGCGCCGCAAAUGCGGCGUCGCAGACCGCUUCGUCGAAUCGCUGUCCCGCUGCUCGAAAUGGGACUCCAAGGGGGGGAAGUCAAAAUCCAUCUUCCUCAAAACACUCGAUGAUCGUUUCGUCCUCAAGAGCUUGUCCCCCAUCGAAGUCGGCGCUUUCUUCCGGUUCGCACCUAACUACUUCGCCUUCACGCACCAAAACCUAUUUAAGGGCCUGCCGUCUGUCAUCGCCAAGAUGUUCGGCUUGUUCCAGGUCCAAAUCAAGACGCCGACCGGGCGAGACUUUGACUGGUUUAUGCUGGUUAUGGAGAAUCUUUUCUACGACCGCGAGCCGAACCGGAGAUACGACCUUAAGGGAAGCAUGCGCAAUCGCAAAAUCCAGUCCACGGGCGAGCGCGACGAGGUGCUGCUCGAUGAAAACCUCGUCGAUAUCAUUUACAGCGAGACGCCCAUUUUCGUCCGCGAGCAUACGAAGAAAUUGCUCAAGGCGAGCGUGUGGAACGACACGCUGUUCCUCUCGCAGAAUAAUGUCAUGGACUACAGUCUCAUGGCAGGCUUCGACGAUACAAACCACGAAAUCAUCGUCGGAAUCAUCGACUGCAUCCGCACCUACACCUGGGACAAAAAGCUCGAGUCCUGGAUCAAAGACCGCGGCAAAAAUAAACCCACCAUCACCUCCCCAAAGGACUACCGCAAUCGCUUCCGCAUCGCGAUGGAGAAGUACAUACUCCAGGCGCCGAAUUGCUGGCACCAGUUUGCGGGAAGAGUGGUGGGCGUGGGCGCAGGGAGGAGAACGGUAAUGCUGGAGCCCGGCGCGGGGAUGGCGGCUGGGGGUAGAGCGGGAGGCGGGCAGAUCAUGGAGAUUGAGGGCGGCGAGCAGGAGAAGGCGGAGGGAAGUCGGAUAUAGAACAUAUAGAUGGUGGACGAUGAUGGGAGGAGAUGGGGUGAGAUGUUUUUUGGGAAGCAUAGCGCUGGAGUUUGGCGUUGGGGCUCCUUCGACUGGUACGGGAUGCAUCAUGGCAUGAACGGACCUCUCGGCUGGAAUAGCAUUGGAGCGGGUCUUGGGUAUAUGAGCUUUUAGAUACACCACGGCCUCAUCGGCUGGCCUUGCUAUACUGUAAUGCAAUAUCUGUCUGUCCGC